AUGGCCAGAAGCCACAUUUUGUGUAUCCAGCUGAAUGCAGCCAUUGAGGAUAUUGCUCAGUUUUGCAAUACAUGUCAACAGUCGCAGCCAAACCCAACCAGUUUCCCAUUAGAUAGCUGGUCCUGGCCCAACAAUCCCUGGCACCGGGUCCACAUUGACUUUGCUAAGUUAGAUGGAGCUGAUUUUCUGAUUCUGGUAGAUUCCCACUCCAAGUGGAUGGAAGCAAUUCACAUGUCUCACUCUACAACGGCGCGGUCCACCAUUCAGGCAUUGCGUAAAAUGUUCGCUAGAUAUGACUUGCCAGCAGAACUGGUUUCAGACAACGGGCUGCCUUUCACAUCUGAGGAAUUCGCAACAUUUAUGAAACAGAAUGGGAUACGGUCUAUUCGGAGCCCUCCUUUUCAUCCAGCUACCAAUGGUUUGGUGGAACGGGUAGUGCGAUCUUUUGAGAGCGGAAUGAAAAAUCAGCCGUACGCCUUUUACAGCACAAGCUGGCAGCGUGGCUUUUACAUUACAGGACAACUCCGCACACCACUACUGGACAACUGCCAUGCGAGCUCCUGA